CUGCAGUUCCAGGCGGCGCUGCUGCAGCGGUGGAGCCUGCCCGACUUCAUGUGCCCCUUCUGCCCGUUCGUCCAGGUGGUGAGCGUCAACGUGAGCGUGUUCACGCUCACCGCCAUCGCCGUGGACCGCCACCGUGCCGUUCUCUCGCCUCUCAGCGCCCCGCCCACCAAGCUCCGCGCCAAGGUGGUCAUCGCGUGCAUCUGGUUCCUGUCGCUGGCCAUGGCCACCCCGAUGGCGGUGGGGCUGCGCGUCGUGCAGAUCCCGGACGACACCGUGGUCACCGUGGUGACGGACAUCGGCGUGUCGGCGCUGGCGCAGGCCACCGUGCCCACCUGGAACUACGCGGACGCCGACACGCCCUUCACCAAGCCCUUCUGCGACCUGGAGGGCAUGUCCGCCAACACCAUGCUCGUCUACCGCAUGGUGCUGGUGGUGGUGCAGUACCUCACGCCGCUGGUCAUCAUCUCGCUCGUGUACACCCGCAUGGCGCACCGGCUGUGGGGGUCCAGGGCGCCCGGCAACGCGGAGGACUCCAGGGACGCCAACCUGCUGAGGAACAAGAAGAAGGUCAUCAAGAUGCUGGUCAUCGUGGUGGCGCUCUUCGCCGUGUGCUGGAUGCCCCUGCAGACCUACAACUUCCUGCACAUGGUGUACCCCGACAUCAACAGGUACCGCUACAUCAACAUAAUCUUCUUCUGCUGCGACUGGCUGGCCAUGAGCAACAGCUGCUACAACCCCUUCAUCUACGGCAUCUACAACGAGAAGUUCCAGCGCGAGUUCCGGCUGCGGCUGGCGGUGUGCCUGCGGCGCUCGCCGGCGGGCCGCGGCCAAAUCCCCCGCGAGCUGAGCAACCUGGACUCGGGGCGCUGGGACUGGCCGCAGAACGCGCGGCACGCCACGCUGGCGCUGCACCGCGAGCCCGCCAUGGAGAAGCAGGGCGACCGCGUGAUGACGGGGUCGGCGUCGGGGCUGUCCGUCAUCACCGGCACCACGGCGCUGUCGCCAUAG